CGGCACGCGCAGCACUAACCUACUAAACAGUACGGUACACCGGGACUGCACGCGCACACUAACGUGCUAUUCUCACACACUUUAUAGUGUAGUAUGCAGAUGCACAUUUGGACCAAUCGGAAAGCAGAUCCGGGAUGUGACGUCAUACAGCACCGCUAUGUUGACGCUGUCAUGUGUUGCUAACAGACCGCUUUAAGCCGUACAGGAAGCUGCAUGGACAACAUGGACCACAGUUAGACAGUUAGCUCCAAGCAUCCAUGAUGUCAUCAGCCAGUGACACAGCAGUAACUCCAGGUGGAGGAGGAAGUUCAGUCAUGGAGAUGUCGAACUUCGCCCAUGUGAUCUUCCAGAAUGUGGGGAAGAGUUUUCUGCCUCAGGCAGCACUGGAGUGUCACUACACGCUCACACCUUUCAUCACCCCUCACCCCAAAGACUGGGUUGGCAUCUUUAAGGUGGGUUGGAGCAGUGCACGAGACUACUACACCUUCCUGUGGUCCCCCAUGCCUGAAAACUACACUGAAGGUUCCACUGUCAACAAGGUUCUUGUCUUCCAAGGUUACUACGUUCCCCGUAGCGAUGGUGAGUUUUAUCAGUUCUGUUACGUCACACACAUGGGUGAAAUCCGAGGAGCCAGCACACCCUUCCAGUUCAGACCACCCACCCCUACAGGGGAGGAGCUACUGACUGUGGAGGAUGAUGGGAACUCCGACAUACUGGUGGUUACAACCAAAACUGGACUACUGGAGAGGCGUGUGGAGGAAGUUCAGCAGGAAUGCAGUGAGCUGCAAAAAACUGUUUGUCUGCUCACACAAGAGAGGGACCAACUUAAAGAAGAACAGAAACAAUACAAUCAGGAACGACAGCAACGGCUGCAAGAGGAGAGAGAGAAAGCUCAAGCUGGAGUGAAACAGCUGGAACAGGACCUGCUAGGGGUCACACAGAAAGCUGUGCUUAAAGAGACUGAGUUGGAUUGUCUGAGGAGCAAGUUACAAAAGGUGACCCUGGAGAGGGAUAAUUUGGAGAUUCAGCUGAAAAAUGAGAAAGAUGAAAGGGAGCUGUACAAGUCUCACAUGCGCAGUGCUGAGCUGGAAAAUACUAAGCUGAGUGCAGAGCUUCAGAUGUUGAAGGCAGUGGAGCUGAAUCGAGAGGUCACCAUCUCACAGUACCAAGAGGAACUACACAGACUCCAUGCAGAAAGAAAUGCACACCCUGCAGAUGCAAAGUUAAUAGAGCAGUUGCAUCAGAUGAAGGAGCAGCUGGAAGCCACGUACAAGCGGGUGGCCAUGCUGGAUUCGCAGCUACAAGAGGCCUCCAGUGAACAUGAACGCACCAAGGCGGAGCUUCAGCGUGUCUGUCGAGAGGCUGAGAUGGUCCGGAGCAGCUUAGCUGAAGCCCAUGAGGAGUGCAGGAUCACUCAGAACCAGCUAUAUGAGCUGAGGAACCAAACGUUACAAAAAAUGGCAGGAGCAGAAGCCGUGUCAGAGCUUGAGGCUGAACUGCAGAAGGAGGUGGAAGAGCUGAAGCUCAGACUGCAGAUGGCUGCAGAGCACUACAAGGAGAAGUACAGAGAGUGUCAGCGUCUGCGCAGACAAGUCACCAAACUUACACAGAGGCAGGAGACACAGAAGGAGGACUGCAGCAGGAAUGACACAUCCACAGACAGCAACCAGGAGGUGAUGGUGAUGAACGCUGAGUUAGCUGCUUCAGCAAAGCAGCCUGAGAGUCACGAGCGUACUGAACAAAAAACAAACGGAGAAAGGGAAGAGGGUGAGGGAGAAAAAACAGAAGCAAAUAUGGAUGAGCCACAAGAGGAAGGGGAGGAGACUAGUGUGUUGGUAGAGGUGGAGCUUGCUCAGAUGGAGGAGAGGUGGAGAGAACAGUGUGUGAUCAACGACAACUUUAAAGUACUCCUGACUGAUGAAGAGCAACGGUUUAAGGCCCAGUUAGCGGAGAAGGUUCGAGAGGUCUGUUCACUGAGAGAGAGUCUAGCUGAGGUGAUGAAAGAAAAGGAGAAGUUGGAAGAGGAGCUACGUUCACAUGCAAGCAAAGAGGAAGCCGUUUAUGGACAGAGGUCAGAGGUCAGGGAACCCGUGGUGUUGCGUUACCCUCUGCCCUACCCUCACGACUCUCCCCCUCUUCUGCUUGUGCCCCAGCAACCUGCGGAGCUGCAGUAUGGAAACCCGUACUGUGAUCAGAACACUCGUGGAGCGGAUGGGGCUUUGUCCCCACAUCAAAGUUGCCGCCCCCCUCCUGUAGCUCCGCCUCCAUGGGUGGGUCCUGUGGUGUGCAGUCAGCCGCUGCGCAGUCUCAGUCCUCCUGAUGGCCUGGAGAACCCUGCUGAGGAGCGGCCUAACGGAGGUGAUGGUGAAGCUCCUGCAGUCUGCGAUCAUCACAGUCCAGAAUCGAAUGAGAGCGGCUCGAGCUUUUGCUUUGACACCAGGACGGAUGUUCAUAAGCGCUGUCCUCUGUGUGAAGUCAUUUUCCCUCCACACUUUGAGCAGCGUAGUUUUGAGCGCCAUGUGGAGUCCCACUGGAGGGAGUGUCCUGUGUGCAGUGAACAGUUCCCUCUGGACUGCCAACAGCAGCUCUACGAGAAACACGUCUUCACUCACUUCGACAGCAACGUGCUCAACUUCCACAACAUGGAGUAGAAACGUCCUGCCAGUGUAGAGCCUUCAGGUCACAUCCUAACCAGGUGUUCAGUGGAGGAGAGCGUUAAUGCUUAGUUCAGCACUUUUGAUGAAGAUGAUGAUGAUGAUGUUACUUGCCUGUGUGCUAAUGCCCGCAUGUUUUUACAUCACUUACAUUUGAGAUUUGCACAUACACACAAUAGUGUCUCGUAAAGACAUGUUUGUUGCUAAGUGUCAGGUAUCGUACUUUAUAUUUAGAACUCUUUCCUUUCUCUAGAUUUUAUUUAUUCCCAAUUCAUUUGAAGCUGCUAUGAGAUUGGUUGCACUGUAUACUGAUAGCUUUACGUGUAUAACUCUAGACUCUGUGGAGAGACGUGUGAUUGAACACAGUGUAUUUAUGGUGGAGUGAUUGAUAUGAUGCAGGUCAUGUUGAACGUUUUGCUGUGUGAUGUGUAACAGCCUCAUCCUGUAGCACCAUUUCCUGAUACCCCACAUGGACCAUUCUGGAGCUGUGGGAUAAUGGACUUUAUUCUGGGGGAUAUCAGGUCUCUGACAUCCUGCUGCGUGUCCUGGCUUGUGAUGUGAAAGAAAUAAAAGGAAUGACAUAAAGCUGA